UCUCAGACAGCACACCACCAAGGGGGCAAAAAGAAGAGGACUGGUCAAAGAUAAGCAGGAUAUUCCACACGGAAGAUCUUUACUGCUAUGCUGAAGUCCUGUCAGAAUGGUUGAGCAUCAAACCUACGUGAAGCUGAGUGCUGACAAACUGAUACAAAAGUCGGACAUCCUGUCGCUGCUUAGGACCUACAACUGCUACCACGAAGGGAAGAACUUCCAGCUGAGGGCUCAUGAGGAGGAGGGGGAGCUCAUCCUGGAGGGUUUACUGAACAUCCACUGGGGUCUGCAUCGACCGAUCAGACUUCAAAUGUACGAUGACAAUGAAAGGCUGCGUGUCAAACGGAACAGCAAGUGCAUAACCGCAAAGCAGCACUCAUCAGAGUCAAACAAUAAUUCACUAGGCAGAGAAAUUGGACCUGCUGGUGGGGAUUUGGAGGGGCAUGAGGAAGAGGAGCCUCAGCUGCUGAGGACCAGAAGUGAUGCUUCUUUCAUGCAAGUCCAAAGGAGGUCAAGGACAAACACAGCUAGAGACCUGCAGCGUUUACGCACACACAGGUUUUCAAUCAAUGGACACUUCUACAACCACAAGACAUCUGUGUUCACUCCGGCCUUUGGCUCAGUCACUAACGUGCGAGUAAACAGCGCCAUGACGACGGUACAAGUACUGAACAUGCUGCUACAAAAGUUUAGGGUGGAAAAUAAAUCCGAGGAGUUUGCUCUUUACAUGGUUCAUGAGUCUGGCGAGAGGACCCACUUGAGGGAUGGCGAAUACCCACUGGUGGCUCGUGUGCUUCACGGGCCUUGUGAGAAGAUCUCUAAGAUCUUCAUUAUGGAGGCCGACCUAGGAGAGGAGGUCACCUACGAUGUUGCUCAGUACAUCAAAUUUGAGAUUCCAGUUUUGGACAGCUUUGUGGAAAAGCUAAAAGAGGAAGAAGAACGGGAAAUCAAUAAACUGACUAAAAAGUACAUCACUCUGAAGUCGAUGAUUCUACAUCAGCUUGAGGACAGAACCUGUGAUCCAGUUUAAUCCUCCAUUAUUAUAGUCACAUUUUGUGUGACACUUUUAAUGACUUUGUGUAUAUUUAUACUUUUGUCAUAUUUCCUCUGACUUUGUAUGCGAUAAAUUGCCUUAAAGUUGUUGCAUUUCUGUACCAAAUAAACAUUUUUUUUAAGUGUCCUGUUCUGCCACAGUAACUGGGGAACGUAUUACUAUUAGCAUUGUUCUUCCGAGUGACCUUUCUGCCGACCAGUUCCCAUGAGCUGUGGGUGUGGGAGAGCUGAUCGGCUUUACACAAUGAGGUAUCCUGAGGGAGGAGGGCUGUUCCCUUUUUCCCACACUUUCACAAACAGCAAAGUCUGUUGACCGUUGUCAUUUUUGCAGGACCAACCUUGACCUUCAGUCAGGCGACCAUUAUUAUUAGUUGAUUAAUGCAAGUACUUGCCUGAGUGUGUGAGAUCUUGACCUGCAUCCUUUUCCCCUUGGAUGUGACUGCUGCAAGGGAAAAAUAUACAAAUUCAGCACACCAUGCAAAAACAUUUCCGGAAUUAAACAAAAAAAUGCAAUAAAGUAUAUUGUAAUGAA